GUCUCGAUGUCUCGUCAGCCGGCUACUCACCCCGAAGUGUUCGAUCCUCUCCUGACUCAGGAUGUGGAGGAGCUCCUGGGCCGCUUCCAGCAGCGGGACUCGGUCAGGUACCAGGACUUUUCGGCCAUCUGGAGGGAAAUGCGCUUCUCCGACGUCUUCCUUGGCGUCAGCACCCACAGCGAGCUGAGGAGGUUCUGCGGGGUGGCUCUCACCACCGCUGUCAAGUACUUCCUGCCUCCGUACAGCUACCAGAUCCGAGUUGGAGGCCUGUACCUGAUGUUUGCUUUGUAUCAGACACAGCUUUUUCAACCACCGGUGAAAAUCAGACUGGCACUCCGAGACUGGGCCCAUGCCCAAACCUUCCUCUUCGACUCGGUGGACUCCGGGCACCAUGAUGUGGUCUACAUCUUCCAGAAACUCGUCUUCGCCAAAGCCUUCCACUACACAGCAAUGCCCCAUUUACUCACCUACCAGAAGAUGAGAAAACCAAAGAAAGAGCCCGUAUGCACAGAGUUUCUAGGAAGGACCACAGCGGUGCAAGACCUGCUGUCUUCAAGCAUGCUGGAGGAACUGACCAACAUCCAGGGACUCUACCACAACCUGAAGCAAGGCACCGUGGGGGUGGGAGGCCAAGUGGCCAUGAUCCACCAAGACUUGACCUCCUGCCUGAAGGACACCAUGUCCGAGUUCAUCGCCUGGCAGGAGGAGAAGUUCCCCCUGCAGGGCAGUAAGAACACCACACAUCGCAGAGCGGUGGACAAGGAAGAGGAGUCCAGCAGCAGCAGGGUGAAGCGGUUGUCCUCCAUCAAGCAGAGAAGCUACGGGAGCUACCAGGAGGCGUCCCGGUACCGGAGGCACCGGGCUGCGGGGGCGGAGGCCAGCCAGGCCUCGGCUCCUCGGCAGGUCUGGGAGGCUGCAGGCCCACAGAGGAAGAAGGUCCCAUCUCUACGAGAACGGACCUGCAAGAGCCUCGGGGAACCUCAGGAGGACGGCGCUUUCCUGCCCUGGAUGAUGAGCGCCGUGGAGAAGGGGGAGGCGGACUGA